AUGCGAAAUCUCUCUUCAGGGUUGUCCCUCAAUGACAGCUUAUCAUCGGUGAACACGAUUUCAAAAAUUGUUGAUGGUGGAACUUCAGUAUUGGAGAAAGUCAUGAAGAAAUCCAGUUCAAAGAGAGUACAAUCUUCAUCGUCGGAGAAUCGAGAGAAUAUCAAGGUAGCAAUUAGAGUGAGACCACAGCUUGAUUAUGAGAAAGAUCAUGAAGAAUCAAUAUCAGUUGUAGAUGAGAGUACUGUUGUAAUAAGAAAGGGAAAAUCAAGAUCUGAAAUGUUUUUUGAUAGAGUAUUCCCCAAAGAAACAACUCAGCAAGAGCUAUAUGACGUUGUAAAAGACACAAUUGAUGCAGUGACACAAGGAUAUAACGGAACAAUUUUUGCUUAUGGCCAAACAGGUACUGGAAAAACAUUUACAAUGAUGGGCAUUGAUUUUAGCUCUGAAGACCUAUCAGGCGAUGAUGCUAUGAGAAAAAUAACCAUGCAAGAAAAUAGAGGAAUAAUACCAAGAUCAGUGGAGCACAUUUUAUCAACAAUAAGGAAAACAAAAAAGACAACAAGGUACAGAGUAUAUUGCUCUUACCUUGAAAUUUAUAAUGAAAAGAUUUUUGAUUUGCUUAACUAUAAUGACAAAAUUAGUCACUUAGAUAUUCGAGAGGAUAGAAAGAAAGGUGUCUAUGUUCAAGAUUUGACUACAGUUUGUGUAACAAAAGAAGAAGAGAUUUUUGCAUUGAUGGAACGAGGUGCAAAAAACAGGAGUAUGGCGUCGACUGAUAUGAACGAGCGAUCGUCAAGAUCUCACACCAUUUUUCAAAUGUUCAUUGAACAAGAACCUUUGAACCCAUCAAGUCCAGAGGAGGCCAUUGUAAAAGUUUCAAAGCUUAAUUUAGUCGAUUUGGCUGGUAGUGAAAAAUGGAAUACAAUUUACUCAUCAAAAAUGGGAGAAAAACGGAUUCAAGAGUUGACAUCAAUUAAUCAAAGCUUAUCCACCUUGGGAAAUUGUAUUUCUGCUCUUAUGCAAUCGAAUAGAAGUCAUAUUCCUUUCAGAGAUUCAAAACUAACAAGAUUGUUGCAGGAUUCGCUUGGAGGAAAUACCAAAACAGUGUUUGUUGCGACAGUUUCGUCAUCCGUUCUCGCAUACGAUGAAUCUCAUUCUACUUUAAAAUUUGCAGACCGAGCAAAGAGGGUCGAGCUCAAUGCAAAGGUUAAUGAGGUGGUUGACGACUCUGUCCUUAUAAGACGAUACGAAAAAGAGAUAGAGAGAUUACGACAAAGCGUUGAACAACAUUCAAAGGCUUCAUCUAGAGUGAAAAGCCUGAUAGAGGAAAACUCCAAACUCAGAGAGGAGAAUAAGCAGCUUCGUGAUUUUAUUAAUAACCAUGGAAUUGGGUCUAUACCUUCAUUGGGUUCUGUUGAUGUCAAUAUACAUGCAAGAAUGCACAAGAAACUGGAGGCUUUAGAGGAAAUUGAAAAGGAUCAAAAAGGAAGAGAAAAAGAGCUAGAAGAGUAUCACAACUGGCUUCACUCUAUUCCUGUUAAAUAUGAAGGUGAAGAGUACAGUCUAGAUAUUAAGGAGAGACUGAAGCUUAUGGAAACAUCUGUGAAAAUGCAGUCUCAAGAACUUGAAAGGACGAAGAUGCUAUUUUUGAGAGACAUUAAGAUUGUUAAAGACGAAUUAGACGAAAAAACGACAGAGCUGCAGCACCUACACAUGCAACUUAAAGAAAGAGAGGAGAGACUAAAACAACUGGAGGAGAGCAAAGCUGUUGAAGUCCAAGACAACACCAAACUAACCCACCUAAGACAGGGAGCCAUACCGAAGGCAAAGCAGAGAUUAAAAUCCAACUUGUUCAUGAAUUCGAGCUUAAUAGAGAUGAUGCAAGAGUAUUUAAACGAAACUCUUCGUGACUCAGAAUAUUUACAUGUAAUUGUAGAAGAAUCAAAGGGAUUGAUUGAAGGAUGUACGGAGGCUUUGGAGGAAACAAUUCGAGAUUCUCAAAAUGAGUUUAUUGAACAAACAAGACAAUUCAUAGAGAAACUAUGUACUUCUAUAGGUGAUGGACCUGCCGCAUCAGUCACAGAAAAGGAAAGCUCAAAUGAUUCAUUGAACGAUACUUCAGAAUUCAUCAAAAACUGUAUUCUUGAUUCUGCAAACCAUCAAGACGACCCUUAUUGGAAGAACAUUUGUGAUCGCAUUUCGGAGCUUAGAAACGUAGAAGGAAAACUUUUUAGUACUUUAAAUCAAUCUAAAAACAAUUUACAAAGGUUUUUACAAAUCUUGUCAAAGCUUGACAAGGCUUCUCCAGAAGAAUUCGAGUUUUACAAGUCCUAUAUCAAUGAUGCUGUUUCCCAAAUUUCAAAGAAUAUUGACGAUUUUAUGAAACAGUCGUUUUUAUCAAGUCAUGUUGAGUCUUCGUACUUGUCAAUAAAGAGAUGA